AUGGAUCGAAAUGAAGGCAUCAUAAGAUGGUCGCCAAACCCAUCUCGAAAUGAGUUUACGAUCUUCAACUUGAACAACAAAGUAUGUCACCUCUUUGAAGCUACAGGCUAUGCUCAACCUCUGCCGGGCCGUUUCGAGUACAAGAGGAUUUCCAAACAUACCGAGCUUCCAGCCGUCAAUACUUAUGACUGGUCUCCAACGAUUCGAGGACUUGUUGCCGUCGGUACCGCUCAUGGAGAAGUCAGUCUUUUGAGACUUGAUGACAAUUCAAAUGCCUGUCUCACAUUGCCUCUGAAGCUGCAGAGACCUUGUCAAUCCGUUUCAUUCAACACCACUGGACUUCUAGCAGUUGGACUGGACAGAGUCAGAAACGAUUCUUGCCUGCAGGUAUGGGAUGUUAACGAACGGCUGGCGGGCUGGGAUUCGUCACAGAAAGGAUGGUCGGUACCGCCUAUGAACAACAUAGAGCCCAAGAAGAAACUCGAAGGCAGUACUUCUAUCACAAGCAUACGAUUCUUUGAAGACCAACCGAAAACACUCAUUGCAGGAGUCAAGAAUCAAAGUGUCCGAAUUCAUGAUCUUCGAGAUCCAAAUUCGGCUGUGAUAAACUUCCAGACGAGAUGUAAUAACAAUGUUGCCAUUGACUAUACAGAUCCCAACUACUUUGCUUCCUCCAGCUUGGAUCAACCAGGACUCGUCAUUUGGGAUCGUCGAGUUGCAGGUCGUUCUACUGCUUCUCCAAUGUAUCUGGAAUCUAUCGAUCAAGAAGAGGUACCCUGGGGCGCUGUUUUGAAAUUGGAUCGUGCCAUCGAGGUUGACAAAACCACAUAUGUUAAGCAGCUUCGCUUUUCCAGGGAGCAGAGGGGAGCUCUUGGCGUGCUCUCGACUGCGGGGCAACUUCAAAUUCUCCAAACUAGAAAGGAGUUCAUCGAGCCUGGAUCGUCAAAUGAUGUACCUGACAGUCCAGAGCUACUUGAAAUCAAGAAGUCUAUUGAUCUUGAGUACCCAUUCUUCGAACACAAUCAUCGAAGGAAAUACGAGCAUCGAAUUGUAUCUUUUGACUGGUUGAAUCUUGGAACAUCAGAGCUUCAAGGGCGAGUCAUCGCUCUAAGAGCGAAUGGUGAAUUCGAGAUCUUGCAGAUGCCAGCUGAGACAGCAAGCCAGCUAUCUCAGCUGAUGCCAUGGAAGCCACCGCAUCAUGAUGGUGACCCGUACCUGGAUCUCAUGCGAUUUUCGGAUCCAGUGGAGCAGGAAAAGGUUCUUGGCCCGCUCUAUUCUACUGCAGCCAAAGCCGAUGUUGCUGUAUUUGGCCCAGAAAAGUUCACAAAGAAAGCAAUUAUUGAGUCUCUGUACGAGGAGGUCAAGAAGUCCUUGAAAUCUCCCGAGGACCCUGUGGUCGAUCUUCUUGCGCCUCAGGAGCCAGCACCGGGCAGGACAGCGAGCACAGUCAGUGCUCCAGAGUCACUCGGUGAUGAUUUCACACAAAUCAACCUCGAGCCAAAAGAGAGCAAAAGACAAGCUGGGACAGAAACAAGUGCUGAAACAUCGGAUCCGAAGAAAACUUACUCAAGUAGAGAGCUUUACGAGAAAUCUCACUAUACUGCAGUCAGCCGAAACCCAUCUACGAAAACCACACGGGACCAAUUGGACCAUGUCAUGUUACGCAGAGCAAUCAAUGGCUACCUAUUCAAUCCAAACAUCAACAAGAGUGUUGUGGCAGAUGAUACAUGGCUUCAGGAUGUAUGGGAAUGGAUCGCUGGCGCUGAAGAAGCUGCACGUGAAGAUGGAAUGGUAUCAAUGCCUCUUGACCUAAGCUACAUGGGCGUAUACACCAUAUGGAUGAAUCUACUAGGAGAGAAUUCUCACUCUCGUCUAAUAGAUAGCUCUCUGGUUCCUGACACAACACAAUGGGAGCGCCUCAUUGCGGCCAUCAAUAGAAGAGCUGGCCGUCCCAGUUUUGACGGCGUGCAGACUUCUAAGCCACAUCACCGACAGCUGUGUUUAGCAAUAUGUGGUCUUCUCAAGUCGCCUGAGCAACUCGAGGAAGACCUGACGGAACUAGAGAAAGCUGGCAAAUAUACUACUGCAGCUGCGUGGGCACUUUUCGAAGGAGUUCCGAAACGUGCAGUCGAGAUCCUGAAGAAUGGCGGAACUGAUCUACUCUUCGUCGCAAUGGCUCUCGACAUCAAGUUGAAGAGCAAUGCUGCUCUGGACCUGGAUGACACUCAAUGGAGCAGAGCACUCGAAAACCACCCACAGAUGGGCGAGGAUCCAUACCUCCGUGCUAUCUAUGGUUAUAUCACGACCGGAAAUUGGAGAGCUAUCGCAGAUGCAACAUCUCUACCUCUUCGUGACCGAGCCUGGGUAGCUUUGCGGAACUUUCCGGAUGAGAAGCUGACCGAAUGGCUGGUCAAGGAGAUGGAAGAAGCCAUUCAUACCGGCGACAUCGAAGGCAUCGUGUUGGCCGGUAUCACUGAUAACAUGGUUGAUAUUUUUGCCAAAUACGUCGAAAAGUUCAUGGACUAUCAGACUCCUAUCCUAGUCAUGUCAUUUUGCUACCCCAGAUACAUUAACGACAUUCGCUGCGAUGCUUGGCGCAAAGCUUACAAAGACUUUCUCCAGCGUCACAAAAAGUACAUCCUUCGGGUCAAAUUUGAACAGCAGUCAACAAUCAAGAGUCGACUGCGAGACGACACCCCAGUCAUCAAGCCACCACCUCGUCAAAUAACCAUUCGUUGUCUAAACUGUGAUGCGAACACAGCCAAUGACCUCGAGAAUUCUGGCGCCACGGCCGGUCCGCUACCACUCUCAUCAUCUACCACCAUGGAUAAACGAAAUCCGCUCAUAUCAUCUGGUAUCAAUGCAGGACUGAAUUGUCCAAAAUGUGGCUGCCACCUUCCCCGAUGUGCCGUGUGCAUGGAAAUUGUGGGAAUGCCUCGCUCCGACCGUCCCGAGAUGUCAACUGACAACAGGAUUCGACGGAUGGCCAACUUCCCGACUUUCUGCUUGAAAUGUAAACAUGUUCAGCAUAUGGACCAUUCGAUUGCUUGGUUCCAGAGGCACAACGAAUGCCCUGUGCCGGAAUGCCAGUGUCCUUGUAACGAGUCCAAAGCCAGGGAAAAGGUGUAG